GAUGGUGUUAUUCUUGGAGCAGAUACGCGUUCAACUAAUGGACCGAUCGUAGCAAAUAAGAAUUGUGAAAAAAUUCAUUAUCUUGCACCCAACAUGUAUUGCGGUGGAGCCGGUACAGCAGCUGAUACCGAAAAUGCUACCGCAAUAAUCAGUUCUCAAUUGGAAUUGCAUCGAUUGGCGACCGGAAGGCAAGCUCGCGUUAUGACUGCGGUGACAAUGUUAAAACAAAUGCUUUUUAGGUAUCAAGGACAUAUGGGCGCAGCGUUGAUAGUUGGUGGUUACGAUAUAUCUGGACCUGGUCUGUUCACUGUACAUCCUCAUGGAAGCACAGAUAAAUUACCUUACGUGGCUAUGGGUAGUGGUUCAUUGGCUGCUAUGUCUAUACUUGAAAGUAGAUGGACCAAGGAUUUGGAGCGGGAUGAUGCCAUUGAAAUAGUCAAGGAUGCUAUUGAAGCCGGUAUUUUUAAUGAUCUUGGAUCCGGUUCAAAUGUAGAUGUUAAUAUAAUUGAGAAAGAUAAAGAAUCUAUUAGAGAGUUUAUCGUUACGGAAGGUGAUGCUAUGGAUAUUUCAUAA